AGAAAACUAUUUCCAGAUUGAGUUUCAUAAAUAUUUGUGCUGUUUUUCUUUAACUAUAUAAAACGCUAAUCUGCUCAAGACCUCAUUCCAGGAUUAUUAUCUUCCAAAUCUAACAAUGUCGUGGCGCAGGUGGAUUAAGCCCGAGAUCUACCCUUUGAUGAUUCCAAUUGGAGCAGUUAUUGGACUAGUUGCAACACAACUUAUACGUAACAUAUCCACAAAUCCGGAAGUCAGGGUUACAAAAGAAAAUAGGACAGCGGGGAUCUUGGAGAAUCAUGAAGAAGGUGAAAAGUAUGCCGAACAUGGAUUAAGAAAGUUCGUUCGUGGUCGUAACUCUCAGAUCAUGCCGUCAAUCAACGAGUACUUCUCGCGAGAGAAACGAAGGGGGAAAAUUUAUGAUGAAUAAAUUUUAAUUAUUGAUGAAGCCAAUGUUUUGUUGUGGGCCAAUGAUUUUAAUCAUAUUUACUUUUGAUCAAUAUUAAUCAACAAAGUCGAGAAAUUUCACGCGGAAGAUGUCAAGUAGUUCGAUCAAUUGUAUUACGUUGCAGUAUAGAAAUAGACUUUGGUGGUGUAUUGCUAUGGUACGUACAUUCAUUAAUAUGAACAAAUUUAUUUUUGUAUUAAGAUUAAUUUGCAAUAUGAAAUAAGUGCACCUUUGUGAUUAUACUUA